AUGGCAGCCAGGACGCAGCUUUCUUUCGUGCAAAAAGUGGACUUGAUAGCUGCCUUUGCCUUCCGGAUCCCUCUAGCCAUAGUAUUCAACAUUCUGAAGACCGCGAUUGGAGCUUUAGCUCGAGGUCUUCCGUUCCGCCCGAGCAUUCAGAAUGCGUGCGCAAGGGCAAUCAUGGACUCCCUCCAUCCCAACCAGAUUCAGGCAAUUGUUCCGUCUACAAUGCAAACCUACACAUCCUGGAUCCGUCGAAAUGCGGAGCGUACCGGAUUAUGCCACCGGGUUGACACACUGAAGGACGAGAUCACUCACCUCCUCUGGCUUGGACCUAAGCGAUCCGAUAAAGUGAUACUGUUCUUCCACGGAGGAGGAUACGUGCUCCCACUUUCAGAUGGCCAUCUUGACUGGAUGGCACAUGUGAGGAAGAGCUGCUUGAAAGCCUCGUUGAAGGUCGGUGUUUGCAUACUAGAGUACUCACUUAUUCCUGGACACCGUUAUCCUACGCAACUGAGACAAGCUCUUAUGGGGCUACAGCAUUUGCUAGACCAUGGCUACGAACCAUCCGAUAUCAUAUUUGGUGGAGACUCCGCUGGGGGCCACCUUUCCCUUUCGGUUCUCUCCGCGCUGAUGCAUCCAUACCCACAUCACCCUUCCGCCGCCAAUACCACCUCCUCGGUGGGGACUCACUCCAGCCGUCUCCGAGGCUGCUUCCUCAUCUCGCCCCUUUUAUCUCUUGACCUCACUACACCAUCCUACCGCCAGCGCUUCAGCGUCGACGUGUUAUCGCCCUACGUAGUCCGCACGUUCGGACAAUAUCUCGUCGACCGCACUCCUUGGCACAAGGAGAUCUCGCAGGGCAAAGGCUGGGGCAUGGCGUUGGAUGUUCCAGGCGAAUGGUGGGACAACUUAAAGCUGGUGGUGGACGGGCUGCUCGUCACGGCGGGCCAGGAGGAGAUCUUCCGCGACCACGUGGGCCAAUUUGUGCAGCUAAUCCGGCAGCGAACCCAGGUCGAUUUGAUCGCCCAUAUCUCUCUCGACGAGGCCCAUGAUGCGCCCUUGAUGGAUUUCAUGGCGCAUCGGCCGCCCCAGGGCACUACUGAGGUCGUCACGCGGUGGAUUGUGAAUGCCUUUCAGAAGUAG